GCUUGUUGGCCCCGCACCGCACGCAGGAUCCUCGGCGGCGACGAGAGCCGAUAUUGCGAGUUGUGCCGGCCGUUCGUCAGUCUCACAGUGAGCCGGCGGAUUCGGUCUCAGUGAGCAGUCAGUGGCCGCGGCGGCGUCAGUCGGUGUGCGCGCGGCCUUGGCACCAGACGCAGCCUUUCUCGCUCGCUCUCGCAUCUCGCAGUCAGCCAGUUCGUUAAUCCCGGGCGGCGGAAAGUGCGUGCUUGCUCGUAAAGUGUGCCGCCGGACGGAAAAGAUAAAGAGCUGGCUGGACACGCGGCUGCCGCAACUCCGAGUCGCAGCAGCAACACAGCGGGUGAGGCGGAGGCGUGAUGCCCGCUCAGUCCUUCGUCAGAGCUGCUCUUCCCACAACUCAUUGCGUGCGAGAAUUCGGCUCUGAUUUUGCUGCGACCCCAACGUUGAGCGGACGUAUUGAAUUAUUCACCCGCCUGCUGCCUGGGGGAAAUUCGAGAAGCAGUUUUGUGUGAGGCUUGCUUGGCCACUGCCUUGCGGACUUGGUGGACAGGCACGCUUGGGUCAUUCAUGACGGGCUGCGGAUCUGUCGCUUAAUUUAUCCAGAGAGAAGUGAAAUCUGUGUGUUGGAUGCGGCGGGCGUGAAGUCGCAGCAGCAGCCGCGUGAUGCCCGUGCGUUUCUGCCUGCUCAUGCUGGCCACAUUCACCACCGUCCUCUCCAAGGCCUCCUUCUACUCGCAAGACCCGAGCACCGAAUUCUCGCUCACGUGCUUUACGUGCGUCAACGUGUCAAACAAUGAGGUGUGCAACCAGUACGCCAUCGACAGGCCGUGUCCGGCAGGAAAGACUUUUUGCCACACGCUACACGCCAUGGGGCAGCUCGGCGAGAGCUGGCUGGUCAACAAAAAGUGCGUCGACCGCUCCGAGUGCACCCAGGACUCUGUCGGCUGCAGCAGAAGCGACGGACAGACGACGUGUGUGUCGUGCUGCGACGAGUCGUACUGCAACGAGCCAGUGCCGCGGAACAACGCGACAGCCGUUCUACGCAACACGAGGAACGCCGGUGCCAAGAGUGCUGCGAGCACGUGCCUGAUGCUUCUUGCGGUUGGGGCUGUGGGCGCCUGGGUGACCUAAUGCCUCGUCCAUUGAGCGUCCAGUUUGAGCGGUGCCUUUUGACCAAAUACCAGGGACACAAUGAAUGAAAAAAGAGACUCCAUCCACCUGAAUCGGAGAAAAUGCUGCUGCUUCCGAGUGUGCACGCGCGGAGUGUUUUUAUUGUACAAUAUUAAUUAAUUACGUCUCACACGUGUCUGUUGCCAAAUAUAAUAUUAUGUGAAAAUUAUAUUGCGAUUGAGGCAGAACUGUUGUUAACAUUAAUAUUGAAUGUUGUUCAUUAAAGCCUACAAGAUUUGCUCGUCUUAUAUUUGUUUGAGAAUUUUUGUUAAUGUAACGAGCACUACUUGUAAGCUAGGAUUGUUUGAAUUAAUCCGAAGUUUUGACCAAACCGAGCCGGUUUCGCGGAAAUUCGCCGCUCCAACGUUCAUUUAAAAGGGAGAGCGAGCACUUUUCCUCCGGCUCUCCCUCUCGGAAUGUAUUAAAACACACAGGUGUAAUUAACCAACUCGCGCCUGCAGCGACAGCCGCUGCAGAGAGGUGCUAACUAGUCCCCCCUCAACUAACUAACACUCAUCAGUAUAACCAGAUGAAUAAUUUUAUUUAAUAAUCCGAUGACACAGCUGUAAGAAUAACAGUCAUCAAGCGCUGAUUGAUAUUUUUAAUUAAUGUUGAGUGUGUGUACGCGGACAGCCAUAGUGAAAAAAAUUGGGGGCGGCGCCAAAUCGAUUGUUCAACUAGUCAUCCAUCAAACAAUGAAAUUUCUGCAGAAUGUUCAACUCCCGAGAGUGGGAAUUUGGCUCUCUGGUUCAUGCGUACACGGAUUAAUAAGUUAUUUUACUGUUACAUGCAAAUAAAAAUUGAGUUAUAUGAAGAAAUACAA